UCAAAAUGGCGACCAAAAUGGAAGUAGACCAGUCGCCUCCGUCGGGAAAAUCUGUCCCUGGGUCGGUAAUGGCUUCUGCAGGAACCACAGCAAGUGUUACAGUCGCCCUACAUCCACUGGUUAUUAUGAAUGUAUCAGAACAUUGGACUAGAAUUAAAGCACAGGAAGGAAAACCGUUGCAAGUUCUUGGAGCUCUAAUUGGAAAUCAGAAAGGCAGGAACAUAGAGGUGUUCAAUUCUUUUGAGUUACUCUUUGAUGAAAUUGAUGGUAACAAAAUAAUAGACAGAGAAUAUUAUAAUACAAAAGAAGAACAAUUUAAACAAGUUUUCAAAGAUCUUGACUUUCUUGGUUGGUAUACCACUGGUGGACUACCAGACGAGUCAGAUAUCAAACUACACAAACAGAUUUGUGAAAUUAAUGAAAGUCCUAUCUUUUUGAAAAUGAAUCCACUUGCUAGGAAUGCAGAUGUAA